CAAGUAAACAAUUCUUUUACGAACACAGAACUUUCAACUUUGAAAUGGAAAAGUGGUUACUUGUUUUGUUUCUUUUUGUAAAUGUGGCUCAUUGGGUUGAAGGAACACAGGUUAGCAGGGAGAGAUUUAUUGUUGGUUGCUAUGACAUGAUACCAAACUGUGCCGCAUAUACUCAUGACGUAUGCAUGCAUAGUGCCUGGGCUUUACAGAAUUGUCAACAAUACUGUCAUCUUUGUGAUUCCUUAGGUCAUGUAGGUACUGGAACAAGAAGCGUUGGACACGAAAGUUUGGAUAUGUUUCAUGGAAUAUCAGGAUGUUUCUACAAGAAUCAGAUGUAUCAAGAAGGGGCCUCCUGGAAUGAUGGUUGUAACUACUCAUGUCGCUGUCUUGAUGAAAGGUCUGGACUGUACCAUUGUAAACGCACUGUAAGUUAAUCUAUUUGUUAUUUUUUACG